AUGACGGAACUGCGCGAAAAGGUGGGCGGGUACGGCGGGGUGCCAUCUGCGCCAACCUGCCAACCAGCGGGUUCUCUUCGCCAAUCGAUAGGGACGUUGGCUCCACAGUUUGGCGGCAGUAACUUCCGACCGCCUAAAUUAUUCGUUUUGGUGGCGGGUCGAACAUUUCAGAGUCGCAAACCUUGGCCGGGGUUUUCGCUCGGCAACGAGUCUCGCAAGCGCCAGAAAGUGGUGCACGAGGUUCCCACAUCUGAGGAGGUUCACUCGGCCAGGCAGCUCGUUCAACUCCUCUUUUGCGACCAGGACCUCGGCAAGGCCAGGCAUGGCCUUCAGUCUUUCAAGCUCCUGCUUGAUCACUUGACCUUUCCCGAGACGCCCGAAAACUCCCAGCAUUGGGCAAUCCUCAGACAGUUUUUGGACGCGUCUGCCCCCAGAGAAGCACAAGAUGCCGAUGCUGUCUUUGUCCCAGACAUCAUGGCGACAUGGGCGCUUGCUGCACAGGCCGGAAACGACGAGGUCUUGUCUUCGGUGGCCGUGGUUCUUGCGCUUCUCAUCAAGAUUCUCAGCCAAGUCCUGGACAUGAGGUCGUACGGGCUUGGAAUUUGCAGAACCUUACUACAGAGGAAGCAGCUUGAACUCCUUGCAAAGAACCUCUCCGCCGAAAAGUCCAAAAGCUUUAUCAUCUCUCCAACUCUUCGCAUGAUCGGAGAGGCGAUAUCCUUUGACGGUGGGCUCCUGGCCAGCGCAUUCUUUCGAGCUAGGAAAUUCACGUACCACUCGUUCUCGAGAAACAUGCGCAUCAAGUAUCUUGGCGAUGGUGUUGAAGAACGCAACCGACCUUCGACCAGAACCUGUGCUAUACGCCUGUUAAUAAGCACGCUGAGGUUCCUCCCCUGGGAAGCAAAGAGAGAACUACUGUACGAGCGAGAUCUCGCCGCAGCUCUCACCAGUUCCAUCAAGGAUGACCCCCACUACCUGGUCUUGGAGGUUUUGGAUGGGCUGAAGGCCCACGUACUGCUUGACAAGAAGCUUCCGGUUGAGACCAAGGGUCGGCUUCUCAACUCCACUACGUUGCCGCGCUUUGCAUUGCUCUACACUUACAGUCACUCUAAUAAAGCCCCGUCGCGGCCAAUUGAUGACGCAGUUCAUGAAUUUUUGAGGUCUGCAUGCACAACGCCGGGUGCUGGAGUCCUCAGGUCAGAUUCUGGACUGUAUCCCAAGGGUAUAAACGUGACCGCUGGUCAUAUGCGCGGUUCGACCUUUGAACAUAAUAUCGGCCUGGACCGUAUCGUGUGGAUGGACAAGUUCGCAAACGAAAUUCCGGUCCACAACAGCACUCUAUCGGAAUUUGUCAAGACUCUUCGCCCCUGGACCAGUACAAAGCAAAGCGAACUUCUUGUCAGCAUCCUGCAAGCUGCUCCGGAGCUCAUCGCAGAUUAUUUUAUGCACAAGAAAGACUUUUCCUUUGAGCCAAAACUGUCUGCAACUUGGAUAGGCUAUGCUGCGCUGAUCUACAGCGCUGUGCAGUUGGAUCUACCCCCAUUUUUUGGUCAAAAGGACGAAUACGCCCCAGUGCCACCUCCAAUAUCUAUCAUUCUCGACAACAUUCUUCCAUUAACGCUUAAUCAGAAGGUGCUCUGCAAAUGUCUAUCACACGACAUCAAGCUUAUCUCGUUCUUCGCCACUCGAAUCCUUGUGGUGGCUUUGCAAAAACUUGAAGUCGCGCUGAGGAUGAUGAAAGAAGCCUCACUGGCGUCCGGUCCCGUCUGGUCUGAAGCAUCCCGCAGACUUAUGGAAGAAUUCAUGCAAAGGUGUCCCAGCUUGAGCUAUGUCAUCACGAAUUUCCGGCGGAUCCCUGAGGAAGACUCUCUGUCACGCGAGGCAGCCAGUCGCCUCUUGCGGCUCUACUAUCAUACCGUCCCUCAAAUUGCCCUGGCAGCCAAGUUUGACGUUUCACCCCUAUUGGUGAACGCCAUAAAAAGACUUGACAGCAAUAAGAAUUCAGACCAAAACGAGAUCCUCUCACUGAUGGAGCUCGAAAACCUUGUCGUGAUAGCCAAAUCUUCACCCGGCAUGCGGUGGUUCGCCAAAGCCGAGCAACUAUCAGUUUCUCCUUUCACUGCAUUGUUGAAGGUCUGUGUCAAUGCACCCAAGAAUGUUCCUCUUGGGCCUUUAGAGGAUGUCUUAACUUUUGUUGCAGAUGAGCACGAUAUUUUCACACCAACGUCAGAAGGGUUGAGGCCAUGCCAUCUGUUGAUGGUCCUGAAAACCUUAAAUGAUCGAGUCGAACUAGCGACCGCCGAUGGGUUCUGGGCCUUCCUUGACAACUGCUUACAUCGCUGCUCUGCCUCACCAAUACGAUAUCUGGAAUCGGUCCAGGAUCUAGCCCCAGACACAAGGACCGGGCCCUUGACGGCCACCAUACAUGAACAACUUCCAUUUGCUGUUGCUUUAGAUUCAGCAACAGUUGGUGUAGUCAAGGAUUUUGUCAGCGUCUACACAACCGUCGCACGCAUUCUCAAGGAGCAUAAGCCCUUGCUCAACACUCUUCAGAAGACCAUCGACGCACAGUUCGAUGACGCUCUCCUAUAUGAUCCAAGCUUCAAAGAGACGCUGAAACAGGAGAAGCGCACUCACUUGUCAUCCCAUCAUGGUACCGCAGCCGACACCAAGGAGCCGAGCUCCGGCCCAGGGAGAGAGGCUGGGGACGACGGACUGAUGCGUUUGGUUGCCGGGUUGGAUCCCGCAGAGCCAGACAACUCAGCACUGAUCAAAUGGACAUCCCAGAGUGUGGAUGACAUUGUGGAGGAGGGAUUCGCGACGGCGCUUAUAAGACUGUUGGUAUCUGAGCAUGUUAGCAUAAGGAAAGAAGCCCUCACAAACAUUCUGAAGAUGGCAGAGAAGGUCAAGCUGUCAACAUACGACGAAAGAGAACAGGUCUGGCUGCUUCUGGUCGAAUUGGUUGAAUCUUGCAGGGAACCCGUUGACACAGGACCGGUACCGGGACAUAUUGUCGCAUUUGCGUGCCGGGCACUAGACGUGCUCAAAAACCCGUUGCAUUGUCUCUAUGACAAAGUCAACGUUUUCCUUACGCGCGGGCCUCAGUGGACACUUGAUAGGUUUCCUCUCCUAUACGAUGUGCUCCAGGAGGCACCAAGUCGGGAUGACUCGUACUAUGCGGCGGUGUCAUGGCUUCUGGGCUAUCUGCUGGAAAGCCUCCGGACGCCCUCUGACCUUGUCCUCUUCCACAAACGGAGGGUAUACGAGCGCAUCUUGUCUCUAGCGAGUAAUGGCCACAUGCGUACGCCGUUGCGCUCAGUCUUGUUGAAGAUUCUCUACCGCACAACAAGUUUAGAAGGGGGAAGCACCACAUUGAUCACAAGGUUUGGUAUCAUUGCUUGGCUGGAAGCACAGCAGGCGCAGCGACCAUCCAAAGCCGAGUCCGAUAUGCUGAGGGCGCUACAAAUAAGGCUCUGGGAGACAUGCGACCGGAGUCGCAUUGAUGAGUGGAGCAGGAAGGGCAUUGGAUUAGUCUUGAGUGAUUCGGGAGCUAGGUAA